UUCGCAGAUUUCGGCGCCGUGUUCGCGCUAAAAAAGUUAUACUUGCUUUUGUCCGUAGGCUGAAAAAGUAUAAUUUCAAUAAUCAGCUUCAAGACGUGACCGUCAAUAAACAAACAGUUUUGACAGUUGUUCAAGUUUAUUUUCUUCAUUUGAAAUUGUUAAAUCUAUUCCGCCGUCGUCUGUGAGUACAUGACACGCGUAAACGGCAUCACAUUUUAGCUGAAGAAAAAGUGAAUAAUAUUUAGCUACAGGAAGUUACUAAAGCAGACAUGUUUUCAAAUCGCAAGGCAUUGGACGAGCAUGUCCACAAAUUGUUGUUUAAAUUGCCGCCGGGGCCCGAGCGCGACAGAAAGGGUUUAUCGGUUGGCCGCAUGUACUACAAAAUCAACGAAUAUGCCAAGACCAUUGAAUAUUUGAAUGCAUACUUGAAGGUUACCGAAGAUGCCAGCGUUCAUUCGCUCCUUGCCAAGUGUUACCAGCUGCAAAAGGUGCCGGAUAAUCGAAAGGCAUUGGAGCACUAUCAACGCUCCAUUCAACUGCAUCCGCAUCAGGAGGAAGUCAUCAAAGCAGGCUGCAAAGUGCUCUUUGAGAAUACCUCACUUUGCACCCCCGAGAGGGCUGCCUAUUGGCUUGAGCUGGCCGCUUCUAUCGAGGAGCUGAAAGACACUGAGAUGCUGCUAGCAUUGCAGUUGCGUUCAAAGGGCAAAUUGGAGGGGAUCGAGGAGGAGAAUUCAAUAGAAAUGUUUAUACACAAAGAGCUGUUAACUCGUCCAAAUGAUAUCGUAUUGCAUACGCGAUUGUUACGCCACUAUCUGGAAACGAAACGCUUCGAGGAAGCAUUCAACUAUGCCAACAAAGUUGAAAUGGAGAAGCCGGCUCAAUGCCAGACGAGUGAUUGGUAUGAACUUAUUUGGAAAGUGCUCCUCAAACGCGAACAGUCCAAGGAGCUUGCAAAGGAUUGGUCCUACUGGCAGCUAUUGCUCAUCACUCUGGAUCGCCUCAUCCAGCUGAGCAUGCAAUCCGAGACCAACAGCAGCCUGACAGAUAGCAUCGGUCAGCUCUUUAGACUGGAUCAGUAUAUACACAAGUUCAGUCUCCUCAUCGAUCAACUUUCGGCCACCGACAACCGUGAACUGCAUCAGUGUUGCCUGGAUCAUUACAUUGGUCAACUCCUGUUGCAUGCAGCCUCAUUGCUCUUCAAGCGCGAGUUGAUUGGCAAGAAGAACAAAUGGUCAACUACGGUGCGUACAGCUCUGCCGCUGUUGCUUCUGGGCUAUCAAAAGAAUUCGCUGAAGAAUGAAGAAAACUUCUGGGAGCGUCGUUGCAAUGCCGAGCAACAUAAACUGCUUCAGUUGUGGCGUCGUCAAGCCGCCUUUCGAUGCGCCCAAUUGGGUCGCACGAUUUACGGCUGCCUGCAGACUUCCGGAGAUGUCGACGACAAGGAGAUGUGGAAGGAUAACGAACAGCAGGGCCUCUGGCAGAACACAGAUAAGUUGUUGUCAGAGGCACGUCAGCAUUGUGCCGACAGUGAAUGGCGUUCUAAACUGUAUCAACAGCUGUAUACACAUUCGGAGCAUAAGCUAAAGGAGCAGUCAUCAUAUCUGAUGCGUGAUCAUCGUCUGCAACAGCCGCUCUAUGAAUGCCCAACGAUUGCCGAAAUUGAGAAAUAUGAGCAGGAGGCAUUGCUUCUCGAGCCACACACUCUGGAACAUCAUGUCUAUCUAGCACUGAGCGCCAACAAUUUGGCCGAGGCACCACGAGUGCGCUUCCUUAAGAACUUGCGGCACGAAUGUCUACUGGGAUUGACCUACUGCGGAGUUGACUCUUUAUGCCAGGUGGAUGUCGAGGUUUUCCUGUAUUUCGUGGUGCUGCAAGCGCAGCGUAAACUUCAGGUGCAACACGAGAGUCACAACAGCUAUCAUGUGGGCAAUCUUAAAGCGACGGCACGUCCACAGAUGUUGCCUUAUGCCAACAUUAUGGAAUGCAAUGAUCUGCUCACUCAGGAUCAAUGCAACUGGUGGUCACUUGUGCAGCGUCUGCAGGUGAAUUCUCAGCUAAACGAAGGCAAUCGCAUGGAUCAACGCGACAAGCUAAAACGCGGCCUUGAGGCACUACGUGGCGUUGGCGGACCACAGGCCGAAAUAAUUGCACUCUUUCAUGUGGCCAAAUUGCUGACAAGUCGUGCGGAUAAACCCACGAUGGAAGCUCGCAUCGAUGCGCUCUACAAGCUGGGCAUCAAUAUGCUGCGCCGUCAUCAACAUCAGCAGCUUGAACCCUUCUACAGAUACUUCAAGUAUGAGAACAUCCAGGCGAGCGACAUUUGGCUACAGACCCAAAGGAUGGCCGAGGAUGCAGUGAGAUAUCUAAGCACACGCUGCUUCAAGAAUAACCUUUACGAAGAGUUCUUGACGGACAUUCGUGGUCUUCAGCUGCCCGUAGCCGUGUAUCUACAGGCAGAAGCCUAUCGCCAGAUGGCGGAGUCCAAUCGCACCUCGCGUGUAUCGCGUCAGAACUUCCAGGAGCGACGUAUCGAAUGUCUAAAGCAAGCGAAACACUUGCUCGCCAAUCAAGCGGAUCAUUCGCUUACCAGUGUAGUGCAGCGAGAAUUGAUAACUUCUCUGGCCGACGAGACCUUCGGUUCACCAAAUUCUAUAGACUUGCAUAACAAUUCAAGCACCUACGAGGAUGCUGAGGAUGAUUUCUAUGCACAAACUGCAGUAACUCUAAAUCGCUCGAGACGCCAGGUCGAAAUGCAAGGAGCGGCCACCUUGGAGCUUGAUCAGACGGUCAAGCAGUUAAGCAAACACAUUUGUGCUCUCAAGGAUAAUGUGGACGGUGGAAUGGAGGGCAUGCGUCAAGAAAUUAAAAGUCUAACUGAAAAGGUCAACAACAUGGAUGACAUGCAUCAAGAAAUUAAAACUUUAACCGAUAAGGUUGAGGAGUUGCUCAAAAAAGUAAAGAUUAGCGGCGCAGUAAGUCGCGAAACGCCUACACGAGAUGUGGACGCUGCUGCAGCAGCUGCUGCACUUGGUUUGGACGAAUUCUUCAGCAUGGAAGAUACCCAGCAUUCCAACUUUUUGAAUCCAGCUCUAAAUGCCCAGGAUCGCUUCUUUCCACCCGGCGCAAAUGUUCCUCCACAUCCCAAUGCAGCCUAUGGCAGUCCAAUGUUUACCCAGAAUCAGAUGUACAACUACUAUGCGAACCAAGCUCAGUUCAUGAGAACCCCGCCAGCACAACCCAAUUUCUAUGGACAACGUGGACCUGGUAACUACAGCAUGCCGGCCACCAACAUGUAUCCAAAUGCAGGCGGAGCACCCUUUAUGGAUAACCUUAAUUAUGCACAGCCGCCGCCGAGCCUUGUAAUGCCACAGGUUUCCCAGGCACAAGCGACGGCUGCUUUGCCUUUGAAUCAGCCGCCAGUGCAAUCCAAUUUGCCGGUAACUCCUGUCGCUCCCUUCUUUAAUGCUCCGCCAUUUGUGCCGCAGGUGUCGGUGCCACAGGUGCCGCAGGUGCCUCAGCAGUUGCCAUUGGUGCAGCAUAAGCCCAUCUCAGCGCCAGCAAUUGCACAGGCUCCUGCUCCGACUAUUGUUCCAGUGGCUGCAUCUGUUGUACCCGCUGUUGCUCCAGCUCUGCCAGUUGCUCCUGCUCCGGCUGCUGCUCCAGCUAUCUUUAAUCGGGCACUCAACAAUCAACCUGUGGAAAAGGUGCCGCCAGCCAAUGUGGUCAUUACCAGCUCCGAUCCGUUGCCCAAACCGGCGGUUGCUAGUGCCCAACCCCCCACUCUCAGCGUCACCAUUCCGGCGCAGCACAUAAAACCCAGUCUCGUGCCGGCCGCAGAGCCGCCAUCCAUGCCCAGCAAUGACUUCAAGUUCAGUCUGACCCUGAAUAACAAGGACAACAGCGAUGCCAACAACAUCUUCAAGGGUCUGGCCACAUCGGGUGCGUUCUCCUUCAAGGCACAGGUGGCACAGGCGGCAGCUGAGAAGCAAAUGGAACUGGCAGCCGAGGCGGCAGCCAACAACGAGAGCGUCCACAGUGAGGGCAACCAGAGUGUGGGUCAUGAUACAUCCGCUGAGUUGGACUAUGAUCCACGGCCAGAUUUCCAGGGUAUUAUACCAUUGCCAGAUGAGGUGGAAGUGCGCACUGGUGAGGAGGAUGAGGUGAUCAAAUUCAGUCAUCGCGCCAAGCUCUUCCGACAUGUGGAUAAGGAAUGGAAGGAACGUGGCAUUGGCGAUAUUAAGAUAUUAAAGAACCAAUCAACCGGAUGUACUCGCAUUUUAAUGCGACGCGAGCAAACUCAUAAGAUUUGUGCCAAUCAUAAGAUCACAGCCGAUAUGGUUCUUACCACACCCGAACAGGACAAGGAAGCAAAAUCAUUGCUGUGGGCUGCCAACGAUUUUGCCGAUGAGAAAUUGCAGCUGGAGAAGUUCCUCGUCCGCUUUAAGCUGCCGGAGACGGCCAAACAAUUUAAAUUGGCUUUUGAGGAGGCGGCUAAGAGUUCAAAGAGCGAUGUGCCGACGAUGACAUUUGGUAAUGUCAAGACUAGUAGCAUUAAUAGCUUUGUGACCAGCACGCCUGCCGCCAAUGCGCUGCCCAAGCUACUUGAAUCGCCGGCUAAAACGGAUACCAUUGGGUCAACAAUCGAGUCGGUUGUGUCCAAAUCAUUGUUUGGCAGCUUGUCCAGCAAGUCGUCCAGCGCGACGAGCGUAGCAACCAGCACAGUUUCCAGUUCGCCUUUUUCCAAUUUCAGCUUUGGCUCCAUUGGCAAUGCCAAUAAGCCACCAAAUGCCAACAAUAUGUCCUUUGGCAGCAUUUCUACAGUGCCAGACAACAGUAGCAACACCAGCAACACGGGCUACAUCACAGCCUUCAAUUUUGGCAGCAAUCUGACGAGCAAAGCAGACAGCACACUACAACAACCAGAGCCAUCAAUAGUAAGCAAAGCAGACUCCUCCCAAGCUGAGGCUGAGGAUGAAUAUGAACCCACAGCGCAGUUUCAGCCAGUUAUUCCCUUGCCGGAACUGGUUGAGGUCGUCACUGGCGAGGAGAAUGAGAUUGUGCUGUUUGAGCAUCGCGCUAAGUUGUUGCGUUACGACAAAGCCGCCAAUGAGUGGAAGGAGCGUGGCUUGGGCAUCAUGAAGCUCUUGCAACAGAAAUCAGAUCCCACUCAGGUGCGGCUGUUGAUGCGACGUGAACAGAUCUUCAAACUGUGCUGCAAUCAGCGUCUGCAGGCGGACACAAAGUUUAGCUAUGCCAAAAACUCUGAUAAAUCGCUCACUUGGGCCGGACAGGAUUAUGCCGAGGAGGAGCUAACAGUGGAGAUGUUAUGUGUGCGCUUCAAGACCGCUGAGAUCUGCAAAAAGUUUUACGAUGCGGUUCUCAAGGCACAAGCGGACAUGGGACAGGAGAAACCCAAAGAGAAGCCACAGGAGCAGAAGCCACAACAGGACAGCAAGGUUGAUAAAGAUACCAAGACGAUAACUCAAGGCUUUGGCGAUGCAUUUAAACCCAAGCUGGGCAGCUGGAGCUGCAAGGGAUGUUAUACCAACAACGAUGCUGGUCAACUCUAUUGUCUGGCCUGUGAGGCGCCCAAGGAUGACACUGUGGCACCCAAGCCGCCAACUCUGGAUCAGAGCGGAGCUUUAAAUCUGAGCAGCAGCGCAGGUAAAUUCAAUUUUGGUUUUCCAGCAGCGACAACCGGUUUCACUUUCGGUGCCAAAACCACCACGGAAAAGAAGGUGGAUCCACCUGUGGUCAAGACGACACCCACUCCCACUCCGGUUGUCAGCGUAAGUGCAAACACAGCGUCUCCAGCUGUUGUCACAAGCACGCCCGCUCCGCCUCCAGCUGCAUCCAAUGCAGCUGGCUUUGGUGAUGCCUUUAAGCCGAAAGCUGGCAGCUGGAACUGCAAGGAUUGCUAUACAAGCAACGAUGGCGCACAGCUUUACUGUUUGGCUUGUCAGGCGCCUAAGGAUGACACUGUGCCCAAGAAGGAUAACAAACUGAAUUUAAAUGCCAGUUUCCCAGCCACCAACAGCAAGUUUACAUUUGGUUUUGGAGCACCAACGGCAGCUGCAGUUCCAGCUGCAACCGCGAGCGAUUCCUUUGUAUUCAAGAUCAAUGAUCAAAGAGAGAAAACCGAAGGCGGCUUGUUUGGAUCAAGCAGUUUCAACUUUAAGCCAACAACAACAAUGACGACCACAACAACAACAGCAACAACAGGAAAUCUGGUUUCCAAUACAUUUAGUUUCUCCAUGCCAAAGGUGCAACAACAACAACAGCAGCAGCCGCAGCAGCAACAACAUCAGCUCAAUAGUCCAACUGUCGAUGUCAACAAUGAUGAUGAUGGCCACGUGGAGGAGGAAGAGAACAAUGCAUAUUUUGCGCCAGUUAUUCCAUUGCCAGAUAAAAUUGAUGUAAAGACCGGCGAAGAGGAUGAAGAUCUUCUCUAUAUACAACGUGCCAAGCUCUAUCGCCUGUCUGAGGAGGGAGAAUGGAAGGAACGUGGCUUGGGAAAUGUUAAGAUUCUGCGUCACAAGGAAACCAAAAAUCUACGCGUUGUCAUGCGUCGCGAGCAAGUCCUGAAGAUCUGUCUUAACCAUGUGCUCAACUCGAGCGUCGCCUACAAACCGAAAGACGAAAAGUCCUGGUUGUUUGUUGUCCACGAUUUCAGCGAGGGUGAAUCUGUAUUGGAACGCCUUGUGUUGCGCUUUAAAAGUGCAGAGGUGGCGCAAUCCUUCCUCAAUGCUGUGAACAGCGCCAUCAACGGCACCGCUGAGCCCAUAAAAUACGAGGAGAAUCAACCAACGAAUUCUACACCAUCCAAGACUACAGUUGAACCCGUCGUAUCUAAUGAGACUAAAAUGUUGGCGGAUAAGCUGCAACUCAGCUGCGAAUUUCUAACCAGCGAGUCCAACUGCAGCGGAUGUCGUGGCUGUGAACCGGAUAACUUUACCUACGGCCAACCGGCAAAGAAUGAGCCACAAAUAAAACCUUUGCCAUUAACGUUGCCCGCCUUGAAGAUGCCAGCGCCUAAGCAGCAAGAAUCAUCCAACACAGCUGCAGUAACACCAACCUCCAAUCGAACUCUGCUCAAGGCGAGCACACUGGAAGCCAACACUGGUAACAAUUUCGGUAGCUUUGGCGGAUUCAGCACCGCUGUGUCUGCCAAUUCCACGGCCACAACCAUCCCAUCUGUAAAGAAGGAGGAUCAAGUGAAAAGUGGCUUCGUUUUUGGCAAUUCGGAUAAAGCAGUAUUUGGACAGUCGAUAUUUGGUGGCAACACCGCCACCAAGCCGCAGGGAUCUAUUUUUGGAGGCACUGGGGCAACGGACAAGGUAGAUAAUCAGAAGGUAUCGAUAUUUGGGGGCACAUUCAAGCCACAGACGGACAAGCAACAAGAUGUUGGAGGCAAAUCUAUAUUUGGUUCCUCAGCAUUGCCUGGUAAUGUCUUCCCAAGCCCUGGCUUCACAUUCGGCUCCUCCACCAUUGCUGCAAAUAGUACAACACCUGUACAAAGCAACAAAGAGAAUUCUGCCACGCCAAGUCCGUUGUUUGCUACGACUGAAACUAAAACCGGUAACAGUUUCUCGGAAUUGGCAGCAAAAGUUGGCGAUGAUUUUGCCAGUUUAGCGGCCAAGGGCGGUGGUAAUCCGAUUGGCUUUCAGAAGUCCGAAACUGGCGGCUUUUUCGGUUUAACGCAUCAGGAUGACUUUAAAAACUUCAAGUCCCCGACCAAUACAAAAUCGUCGGAAUCAGGACAAGCAACAGCAGACGACAACGAAGGUGUCGUGGCCGAUGAAAACUAUGAUCCACACUACGAGCCCAUUAUCGAUCUGCCCAACGAGAUUGUCGUCAGCACCGGCGAGGAAGAGGAAACGAAAUUAUUUGGCGAACGGGCAACACUCUAUCGCUACGUUUGCGAAACCAAGGAGUGGAAGGAGCGAGGUGUCGGUGAAUUAAAGAUUCUUAAGCAUAAAACGUUGAAUAGUUCUCGAUUGGUCAUGCGCCGCGAGCAAAUUCACAAAUUGGUGCUCAAUAUGGGGAUCGGUGCGAGCUUUACGAUGGAAUAUAUGAACGAACAAAAGAAGAGUUUCAUCUGGGCCAGUGUUAACUACGCCGAGUCCACCACUGGGGAGCUCGAACGACUUGCGUGCCGUUUUAAGAAGCAAGAGAUUGCUGACCAAUUCUACGAGACUAUAAAUACGUGCAGAAAGGAAGCCAAAGAGUCUGAAGAAGUGCCCCAGCCAACUGAAAAUAAUACUAAAGCACACUAAAUUUAAGCUUAUUAAAUCAUUGUUGUAUAAGAUUCAAUUGAAAUAAAUAUGAAACUAAUUAAUUUGCGUUACCCCCGAGAAGUAGCGAACUCCCAA